AUCGUACGGUUCAAUCUCGCGUGUGCUCUCGCGACUGUCUCCAUGCAACAGGCGCGGCUAGCUGUCGCAUAGCGCACGCGUGUAGCAAAUAAUCCCGCGUCUCGCCAGCCUCCGAAUAACGGCGUUCUCUCUCUCGGUGUGUUACAGAAUCGCGAAUUCUUGUCCGAGAAAACGGACGGCUGGGUGUCUAGGUGUAUGCGUUUCCAUAAAACAUCGACGAAUGUAAGAGAAAGAUUUUCCCUGGAUUUUCCCGUGCAGCACUGUGUUCUGAAAAUCGAUAAAAAAGAAGAAGGAGAAAGGGUUCACAAUUAACAGAGGAUGAAGAAUGUGAGUCCAAGGCGGAUCUCGCGCCAAAACGGAUGCUGCAUAUUCCGAAUUUGACUCAACAACGGCGCCAAUUUCUUAGGAGAGCACGCGUUUAUCUUCUCUUUUAUAAAUAACAGUAGAAGAAUUGCUCAUUAAUCGACAACUCGACGAAUAUUUGCAUUUCCAAAUUUCUUGUCAGCGACUGCCACUGUCAAAUUUGCCAAAGUAACCGAAACGAAUUAUAUCGCCAAAAGUGACAAUUAGUGAAUUUUGCUCCGAAAGAAAAAGACGACAGCUGGAACUCGUUCGGAUGAGGAAAGGCUCAUUUUCGCAACGAGAUCGGACGUAGUCGAAAUAAGAGAAGAAUCGCAUCAGCGGUGGAUCGUUGUAAUCGAGUGGACAAGCUGCCGACAAACAAUAGGGAGACCUGGUAGCGGCUUCCGAUGGGGUCGUAACCGGCGUACAGCGUGCCGUAUUCGUAUAUCGCGAUGAUAGGCUAGCCGGUAGCGGCAGGAAGAGAUCGUCGGCAGGGGGAGAUCGCCAUAGCUAAUCGUACCACCCAAGGUGGCACAGAUUGAGAGCCCCAUCAGCAUACAUCCUCUCCUACCUAACGAGAUACUCAGCAUCCAUCCAGUUUGUACACGCAUCGUUACCUCGCAUCGACAACGGUAUUUCGUGCAUCAACUUUCCCGGAAGCGUCUCUUGGACAAUUGAUCUGCGAUUUAAUCCGAUUCAGCGAAUCCUACGUUCAAUCCUGCGAAUUGCUAAAUUGCAUUCCGCUUGUAAUUGUCGUGAGAAAAAAGGAGAAAGAAAGAGAGAGAAAGAGGAAAUCGAUCGGAAUUAGCGUUUUAUCGACAUUGGAGGAGCGUCUCAUCUGCACGCGUCCUCGACCUCUUUUUCUUGUCGUCCUUCGCUUCUCAUCCCUCUCGGCUUAAUUUCUCCGUCGUACAUCCACCACUAUGACGCGCAUUUAUUCCCAAAGAAACGACUAGAGAGGGAAAGAGAGAUACAGAGAUUCGCUCUUAGUGUCCCUCGACGAUCCAUAGCUCCGGUGAUCUUCUUCCCCACUGGGACGCUCGCCGCUUCCGGUUAACUGGAAGUGACGCUCUAUGUAAACGGUUUUGCCGAGCGGCUCUCAUUGGAACCCACAGGACAUAGGAAGCGCAUCAUGGAAGUAGCGAGCGAGCUAUCGCCGUUGUCGGGGUCGGAGAAUCAGGGCAAGAUCAAAGAAAGGACCUCGUAUUAUCCGCAGGAACCCAACAAGAGGCCACGAACAAGGGGACAGAAGGUGCGAACGUGCCUGAGACAUAAUGCGUUAACAAUAUUGACUGUGGGCGGUGUGAUCGGCGGCGUGGUACUCGGCAUAAUCCUACGAUACUCUCAGGAGAAAUGGACGCCGCGGGAGAUCAUGUAUAUCAAUUAUCUCGGCGAUCUGUUCCUGCGGAUGCUCAAGAGCUUGAUCCUGCCGUUGAUCAUUUCGAGUUUGGUGUCGGCCAUUGGAUCACUCGAUCUGUCACUUAGCGGUAGGAUCGGCGCGCGUGCGAUCGGUUAUUACACGGCCACAACUAUCUGCGCGGUUAUAUUAGGUAUAAUUCUCGUUGUUUCGAUCGAGCCUGGAGUUGGCAGCUCCGCUGCGGAAACCACGAAAUCAGCAAAAAAUGUUUCCACUAUCGAUACAUUGAUGGACCUAGUUAGAAAUAUGUUUCCACCGAAUCUUGUGCAGGCUUGUAUCGCUCAACAUCGAACCGAGCCGAAGCCACCGGAGAACGCUACCAAUGUCCCCAUGGACGAAUGGGAACUGAAGGAGAAUGUGGAACCCGGCACUAACAUUCUCGGACUUGUCGUAUUCGCGACAGUGUUGGGCAUCACCAUUGGUAAAAUGGGACCGCAGGCCAAACCGCUGUUGAACUUCUUCGAGUCGCUUUCCGGCGCCAUGAUGGUGAUCACCAACUGGGUCAUAUGGUUGUCACCGAUCGGUGUGCUCUCCCUGGUUGCCUCUAAGAUCACGGAAAUGAAGUCGCUGGACGAAGUAGUUGCCCAGCUUGGAAUGUACUUUUUGACUGUACUGAUCGCCCUCCUUAUACACGGCUUCCUAGUGUUGCCAGGGAUGUAUUUUCUUCUUACAAAAAAGAAUCCUUACAUCUAUAUAUCGAACAUGGCACAGGCGCUUGUCACUGCCUUUGGCACGUCCUCGAGUUCGGCAACGUUGCCGAUCGCCAUCAGCUGUCUCGAAGAAAGAAAUGGCAUCGAUUCGCGUGUUACCAGAUUCGUCAUGCCAAUAGGCGCUACCGUCAACAUGGACGGUACCGCUUUGUACGAAGCUGUGGCUGCCAUUUUUAUCUCGCAAGUGCGUCAAAUCAGUCUUUCCUUUGGACAGCUGGUAGCUGUAAGUAUCACGGCAACUGCUGCCAGUAUCGGCGCGGCUGGAAUUCCACAGGCCGGUUUAGUAACAAUGGUAAUGGUGUUGGACACAGUCCGACUUCCGGCUAAUGACGUCUUCUUAAUCAUCGCGGUCGACUGGUUACUAGAUCGAUGUAGAACAACAGUGAAUGUCAUCGGUGAUUCGCUCGGUGCGGGAAUCGUACAGCAUCUCAGUAGAAAUGAGCUUGCAUCGUUACCACACAAUACGCAGCAGAUACAAAAUGGAGCUGAUUGUCACGCGACUACGUCGAUAUGAGUUAUCGUUCGCUAAUAGCGACCUGAGUCUCCUUGACCGACAAUUACGGAACCGCUUCGCGAUCGACCAACUACAGUAAACAUAUCGACACUUUUAUCGCGCGGAUUAUCGUCCAUUUAGAAAUGUCAUAACCGUUUGAACUUUGAAAAGAGUCCGGUUUUAAGAAUAUAACUAGUAAAUGAAUUAAAAUUUUAAGAUUAAAACAAAAUGUAAACAAAUUUGUGGAUAAUAAUAUAUAUAUUACAUGUUGCAGCCAUGUAUGAUCUUUAAUUUUUGAAUUUUUAUAAGUUAUUUUAUGGAAAAUAUUACGAGGAAUACAUAAAAUAUAUAUAACGCAAUAUAUAUAUUAAGAAAGAUGAGUGUAUACAUUUUUAUAAGUAUAGUGUAAUAAGUAAUACGACGUUAGUCGAUGAUCGCGAGAUACAAUCUUGAUGAAGUGUUCUUGCGUACUCGAUAAGUGUUCCGUUUUUAUCUUACAAUCAAAUAAUCAGUUUAGUAUUAAUUAUCCCAUAUGAAUCACAAACACUAUAAACAAUAUAAACAAAGGGAACAAUAAACCUGUAUCACUCUAUUACAACGCUACAUUUAUGACAAAUGCACGUGAAAUGCGACAUGUAAUCUUUUUUUUUCAAUUAUCUUUAUAUACAAGUACUAUAAACAGAAUUAUUUUUAGUAGCAAUUGACGCCCAUUCCGGGAUAUAAAACAUAUAUACAUAUAUAUGUAAUGAUAGGGCAAUCAGAUGUAAGUUAUCAACGCAUAGCUCGCGGUGCGAGCAACAAGCGUUCUUCAGAUAACUAUGAAAUAAUAAGAUGUGCUUGAAAUAUUAAAUACUUCUUAACUUUAGUAAUCGUAGACCUAGUUAAGCGGUCUUGCUUGUAAAAUAUAUAUUUGUCUUCCAUUUUCGCGUUUGACGAUUUACGCUUGAUAAAACGUAUGUUGCAUGUUAUAUUUUAUUUGAGCUAUAAAAUCCGCAAUCCACUUUUUUGCAAAUUAUACAUCUUCUCUUGAACUGUAUUUAUAAGAAUGGGUGCUCAUAUUUGACGAAGAGCGAAACAUUUUUAGUGGUUUGAAAAAUCGAUUUUAUUAUUAUCUGACAAAGAAAAACAAAGUUUUUAUUAUUAUUUUUUAUAUGAAAAUAAAAAUGAGAAUGUAAAUUUUAAUCAUAUAUUAUUCCGCGGCGAUUAAUCAGCUUGUGCCAUAUAAUCUAUAUUGAAAAUAGCUUUUACUUUUAUUUGAUAUCCAGUGGAAAAAGCAGAUUUAGUUCAGUAAGUUUAAUGCCAUCAGUGAUCAUAUAUCAGUGAUUAUCUACGGGACUUAACCCUUAAGUAUGAAACAAUGUUGGUCAUUUCGUCUCUUUCUGUGUUCUUGAAUGAGAAGAAAACAUACAAGUUUCCGUAUUUUAUAGAUUUCUUUAUACAAAAGAAAAAUUCGAUAAGUUAUAAUAUUUAGAACAAGAGAAUGUAAUGUAUAGCUUAAAAAAGAACAUAUAUUCAGAUGCUCAACACAUUAAUGAAGAAAAAUAAAAUCCGUACUUAAGGGUUGAAAUAUCUUUUUUUACUGGCAUAAUAAAAACAACAUGCUAAAUUGUUUUUACAUGUAAAAGAAUUAUGUGGAAAAAGUAACAAAAUAAUAAAUAUAUAUUAUUUGAUUUUA